AUGUUUUUUCUAAUUUACAUUCUAAUAUUUAUUACACAAGAAGUUUUAACAAUUUCCAUUAAAAGUAAUUUUGAUAAUGGCGCAUAUAAAGUAUAUCGAAUAAUACCACAAAAUAUUAUUCAAAUGGAUGUUCUCAAAUGGUUACGCAAUAAUGCAGUUGAAUAUGAGUUGGAUAUUUGGAAGGAAACAAGUGGUUUGGGUAAUUUUAUGGAUAUUAUGGUACCACCAAAUAUGAUUGCUAUCAUUGAAGAAUUAUUUCGCAAAGAAGGAAUCGAAUAUAUUAUCACAAUUCCAGAUGUUAGGAAUUUGAUCGAGCGGAAUGAGAUAUAUCCAAGAGGCGCAAAUAAUAUCACAAGGACAGCAAAGCAGCAUGACACAUUAUUAGAAUCAUUUUUUGCUCGUUUAAAAGAUGACCCAAUUUUGGAUGAGAAAGCUGAUGAAUCGGAAGAAUCAUUAAGAAAAGUAAGUAAAUUAAAUGUUAAAUAUCCGUUUGGUGAUUAUGGCUCAUACAAUGAUAUGUUAAAAUAUAUGCGUACCAUCGAAUUUUACUACCCACAUAUAACAAAACUUGUACGAAUUGGUAAAACACAUGAAGGUGCACCAAUUGAAGGAUUAAAGAUUGGCUAUCCAAUACGUGAUAUCAAUAAACGAGCAUUUUGGAUUGAUGCUAAUAUUCAUGCAAGAGAAUGGGCAUCAAGUCAUACUGCACUUUAUUUUAUUAAUCAGUUAGUCUCAGGAUUUGAAAAAGAUCCGGUUAUAACACGGUAUAUAAGAUCUAUCAAUAUUUACAUUUUUCCGUGUUUGAAUCCGGAUGGCUAUGAAUAUACACGAUCAAAACCAAAUCCACAGGUUCGAUUGUGGCGCAAAAAUCGUUCACCUCAAAAAUGUAUUCGUUCACCAUGGGGUGGUCGUCGAUGUUGUGCCGGCGUCGAUUUAAAUCGUAAUUUCGAUUUUCACUGGGCUGAAGUUGGCUCAAGUGAAAAUCCUUGUUCAUACUUAUAUCAAGGUGAAAGCGCAUUUAGCGAACCAGAAACAAGAGCUGUAAGAGAUUUCUUAUUAUCACCUGAAAUGCAAGGUAAAUUAGAUGGAUUUAUAACACUUCAUACGUAUGCUCAACUAUGGAUACAUCCAUACAGUCAUAAAGAGGAAUCAUUUCCUGACAAUUAUGCACAAUUGAAACGUACGGCAAAACGUGCAGUUAGUCGAUUGAAGAAAGUUUAUGGAACACAGUAUAGAAUUGGUACUGGUGCUGAUAUUUUAGCACCGGCAUCUGGUGGUUCAGAUGAUUGGGCUAAAAAUGCACUUGGAGUAAAAUUUGUUUAUUUAAUAGAGCUUCGACCUCAACUCGAAUUAUUAAAUGGAUUUAUUUUAAAUAAGGAUGAGCUAAUUCCAACAGCUGUUGAAACUUGGGAAGGUGUCCGAACAGUUAUAGAUGAUGCAAUUCGUGCUAAUGAUUUAUUAAAUUUAAAAUCAAUAGCUAGUGAAUCUCUUUCUGCAUUAGGCCAAUUUAUGAAACAUAAAUUACCGAUCAAUAGAAGAGAUAAAAUUCGACAAACUAAUGGAAUUUCACGGAUAUUAGCUGGUAUAAAAAUUACACCUGAACUUCCAGCACUUAAGGUACGUUCAAGAUCGCUCGGUUCAACUGUUUAUUUUCAUAAUGAUACAAUUGGAUUGAUACAAUCAAAUAUCACAAAUCAAACUGAUCAUAUCAUCACCAAAUCUAUCAGUAAUCGAAAUGAUUCAUUAAUAGCAAAUAUGCAUUUAUCGUAUAUUACUGUCAAUCGUUGUAUGAUUACUGUCAAUCGUUGUAUGAUUACUGUCAAUCGUUGUAUGCUUACUGUCAGUCGUUAUAUGCUUACUGUCAGUCGUUGUAUGAUUACUGUCAGUCGUUGUAUGAUUACUGUCAAUCGUUGUAUGAUUACUGUCAAUCGUUGUAUGCUUACUGUCAAUCGUUGUAUUAUUACUGUCAGUCGUUGUAUGGUUACUGUCAAUCGUUGUAUGCUUACUGUCAAUCGUUGUAUGAUUACUGUCACUCGUUGUAUGCUUACUGUCAAUCGUUGUAUUACUACGAUUAAUUGUUCCAUUAUUACUAUUAUCGCUAUUAAUCGUAUUGUUACAAUGUAUAACUUUUGA